UUAGCCUCGCAUCAAGUCACAUACAAAACUAUCAUGCAGUUUAGUGUUUAUGUAUUUUUCUUUCCUUGGUGCAUUCGACAAUACAGACAAAAAAACUGAAAGACAACAAACUUAACACCCAACAAUAUGAAUGCAAAAUUAAAUAAAUAAAAAAAAAACCGUUAAACAGUUUUGCUUUUGAAUUGAUUGUCAUGCGAUCCGAAAAAAAUAAGAAGAAAUACAUUUGAAUGGCAACAUGUUUAUUUUCGCGAUAAUACAAAAUACACAGUGAAAAAAAGAGCAACAAAAAAAUGCACAAAAGAUAUGGUGUAUUGUAAGAAGUGAUGCACGAUCAAUAAAGUGAAAAGACUCACACGAAUUUUGAAUAGAAGACGAUGGACAAGGAGUCCCAACAUACUCCAAACAAUUGACAUGCUAAACGGGAGAGAUUUGUUCGUCCCAAGUGAAAGCGACUAGACACAACAAAAAAUUUUGCUUUUCAUACCAAAAAAAAAAUUCGCAUAAAAUCAGACAAAACUUUACAAAUUUUUUUAAUGUAAUCAAUUUGAUUGGAGUAUUCAAAGUCAUUGUUUGCAACUGAUUGAAAACCGUACCGAAAGUUAAUAAUUGUGAUUGAAUGUUUUACAAAAGAAAAGACGUUAUCGAUAAUCGUGAUCAUACAUCGAUUGAAAAUCAACUGGUUUCGGUGUUACAGUGCAAUUUCUGCACGAUGGACUGAUAUGAGUGCAAAUUUCUACAUCAGAAUGAAUUGGAUUGUUAAUCGAGAAAGGUCAUCACUCAAUGCAACGAUAAUGAGCACUUUCAGUCGAAAGAAACUGUUCAAACGACUGACCAUUCAUUAACAUGGCACGAUACAAACACAUACCAAAUCUCGAUCAUUUCUAUUUCAAACAAAAUAUUUGAACAAUUUUAAUGCGAAGAAUUUUUGUUUGACUUCGCAUAAAGUGAGCUGCCUAUACACUAAAGAUAACCAUCUGAUUUACAUAUAAAUACAAAUUUAAUGUGAAACAUUGAUUGUCCUCAGAUAGAAAUCAUAAACACAGAAAAUAAAAAAAAAUAGUGAGACCAGAACUAACGGACAGUCGAUAUUACGAAAGAAAUCAACCAUAGCCGGACAAAGUGAGACAAAGAAACAAAAACUAAUGCUUUUGAAUGUUCAAUCAACAAUAUAAACUCCAAAAUGCGUUCAAAUGUCAUAAAAACUAUCAUAUUAUUACUCGAUAUCAUCUCAUACAGACUCUUUUUCAUCGAAGGAUGUGUAUUUUAUGAUAAAAAUGGCAUCGAAAGUGAAUUGGAAACAACAAAAUUCAUUCGAAUUCGUGAAAAUUUGCAUGUUGGUGACGAGGUGUUAAAUGUACGUGCAUAUCCACGUAAAAGCGUUUUUAUAAAAGGUACCAAUGAAAAUGCAGACGAUGUACGGUAUUUUAAAUUAAGAACAGUGAAUGAAACAAAUAUCCAAGUUUUAUUGGAUAAAACGAUCGAUGAAUUAGUUGAUCGUGAUGUGCCACAAAAUGUAUUAAAAUUUAAAAUUGAAUGUAUGAGUCGAAAUGGACGCACGGAAGAGACGUCAUAUUUAACCGUUAAUGUAUACAUAGAAGAUAUCAAUGAUCAUGCACCGCAAUUUGAAAAUUUGCCAUAUCAAGUGUAUGUCGAUGAGUCAACGGCAAUUGGUGCGAAAAUUUUUACGGGCAUUAUGGCAUUUGAUCGCGACAAACCGCAUACACCAAAUUCAGAUGUACAAUAUUCCAUUGAUUCGUCAGAACAUGAUGCACAUUUUACGCUCGAAAGUCCACAUCGGCCGCACGUCAUUCUACGCAGACAGCUCGAUUUUGAUGAAGGAAAACGCAUGUUUGAAAUUCCAAUCGUUGCAACCGAUCGCGGAGACAAUGCAAAAUCAUCAAGUACAACGUUGAUGAUAAUGGUAAAAGAUAGCGAUGAUUUGCCACCAAAAUUCACUGAAAGCAUUUAUCGGACAAAAAUUAAUGAAAAUUCGCCAAUUACCGGUCAGCACAUAAAAUUACCAUUGAUGUUUUCACCACCAAUCAUGGCAUACGAUCAAGAUUCAAUGAAUACAACAUUGAUAUACGACAUUAUAUCGGGCAAUGAUCGAAAUAUAUUUUCCAUAAAUCCAAACUCUGGCGUCGUUUAUUUAACAAGCGAAAUCGAUUUGGAAGAAGAAACAUUGCCCGGUAAUACAUUUGUACUUCAAAUUGAGGCCCGUCAACGCGAUACACCGAUUAAACGGGCUGUGGCACGUGUCGAAAUCGAAAUUAUCGAUUUGAAUGAUAAUCGACCGGAAUUUGAAGUGGAAUUUUACAAUAUAUCGAUUGUUGAAAAUCUACCAAGCGGUUUUAGUGUACUACAAGUGAAUGCAUUGGAUCGUGAUCAGGGUGAAAAUGCUGAUUUUUUAUAUAUGAUCAGUAAAGAAAGUCCAGAAGGUGCAUUUUUAAUUGAUCCACGCACCGGAUGGAUUACCGUACGCGAUCAAGAGCUAUUAGACCGUGAAGUUCGAACAAAAAUUCGAAUUACAAUUCAAGCGGUGGAAAAGGUUGAGCCACAUGGAUGGAAAAAUCAAAAACCAAGCUCAGUCGAAAUUGAAAUUACACUUCUGGACGCAAAUGAUAAUACACCACAAUUUGAUAUGGGCAAUUUAUAUGAAUUUAAAGUCAAUCAAAUGGCACCGAUCGGAAAUAUUGUUGGUUAUAUCACCGCCAAAGAUCCGGACGAAGGACGAAAUGGAAUGAUUUUAUAUGAAUUACAACAACCAAAAGGUGGCGGACAGGUUCCAUUUAGAUUGGAUUCUAAGACAGGAGCUUUGAUUGUUUCUAGUACAUUGAAGAAGGGACGACUUGCUAUAUUUGUUGAGGCCAGCGACCAGCCAGCAAAUCCAUCGGAACGUCGAUUUUCACUGGCUGUGGUCACCAUUGAAGUGGUUGCAAAAGUCUUUGAUGGAUCGCUAGAUUUUAUUGGAGCUCCGUAUGAAUUUUGGGUUGGUGCAAAUGCUCCAGUUGGCUACUCCGUUGGUCAUAUUAAGACAAAUUUUGAUUGGGAUGGAGGUGACUAUGUCAUGUAUGACCUGUUGCAUUCAUAUUCAGAAGGUGUCCCAUUUGCGGUUGAAGAAAGAUCCGGCAUUGUUACGGUUAUUCGAGACUUAAAGGAGUUUGACAGAAGAUUAUAUGAAUUUGAAGCGGUUGCUGCAUACUUUUCACCGGAAAAACCACGGUCAAAUAAUCAUCGUCUGACAAAACACACCUCAAAAUCAGGCCGUCAAAUCACCAAGAGCGGUGAUGUAUUUGAGUUAGAACAAGGCAUUGUCACCGAUAACGAUAAUGUUUUAAUUACAAAUGUAACGGUUCAUGUUGUCAAUCCAGACGAAGAAACACGCAUAUUAAUGAGAGGAUCAAUAAACGAUCCAAUUGAAUUCCAUAUUCGUGAGAAUUUGGCCGAUGCAAUGAUUGGUCAGUUAAUUUACAAAAAUGUAACGAGAGAAGAAAGAAAUCGUUCAUUAAAUACGAGACUACCACUAACAACUCCAGCACCGCCAUCGACAAAUCAAACCGGACGCCAUGAGCGUUACUUAAAUUCUCGUUUUAAUAAAAAUAAACUCAAGAUAAAAAAAGGUACGGUGCCAUACAAGCGUACGCAUCGCAAUGUAAACGUGGAGGAUCAAUUUUAUGUGUCAGUAACACCGUCUGUAUUCUACAAUGAUAUGAUUGCAUCUGAAACGGAAAAAGUAGGCGUAACAUCGCAUCCCGUGUCAACACGUUCAACAGUGGUUACGGUGACAUCGCGAACAUCAUCAAUAUCAAAUAAAACACCAACCACGGAACAUAUAAUGACACACGACAUGACAACAUUGGAUAAUUUAUUGGAUGAUAUACCGAGCAGGAGAUCAAAUACGAGCACAACAUCAAUGUCAAAAGUUAUAUUGGUUACGCCGCGUCCAUUACGAAAGCAAACCGAAAAACCUCGAGCUUUUCCGAAUCUACAAAAUACUACACGAUCUGGUAAACAAGUGAAACGACGUUAUGAAUCGAAUAAUAAUCACCGUGGUUUGCGAUUUGUCAUUGCAAAUCAACAUGAUGUCAAUAAUAUGAUAACAAUUACAAAUGAUGGCACACUAAUGACCGUUAAACCAUUGGAUCGUGAAGAGCGCGAUGUUUAUUAUUUAACAAUUAUCGCUGAAUAUGUUCAAGGUUAUGUGACUGGUGCUGGUAUUUAUCAAGUUGUUAUCUACGUCGAUGAUGUAAAUGAUAAUCCGCCCGUUUUUAACAUGCAUUCAUAUUCGGGAUCAAUAAUUGAAAAUUCGCCCGUUAAUACCGAAGUGACAUUCGAUCAACAGAUGUUAGUGCACGAUGGUGAUAUUGAUGAUAAUGCCGUAUUUGAUUUAACACUUCAAGGUGAAGGAAGCAAUUUCUUUACGAUUGAACGACGAAAUGCCACAUCGAAUCUACUCAAUCAAUUUACAUCAGCCUAUUCAAUUGGAAAUCAACGAUUUGCACGUGCACUAUCAAAAAUUCACGCAAAUCGACAUUCGAACAAUAGUUUUUUGGAUGAUUUUAUUAAUGUGCCACAGUAUGUGAUCAGAUAUAUUGGACCAAAUGUUAUCGAUCGUGAAAUUCAAAGUUAUUAUGAAUUCAAUGUGAUUGCACGGGACAAAGGUGGUUUAAGUUCAGAAGUUAAAUUUACACUUUAUGUACUUGAUACAAAUGAUAAUGCACCGAUCUUUGAUAAGCUUGCCAUUUUUAAAGAUGCAAACGUUGAGGUUCUUGAUUAUCCAAACGAUUUAAAAGUCUAUUUUGUCGAUCGAUCCGAACCCGAUACAUUAACUUAUCCGAUUCGACAUCAUGUACGGAAUGUCGAUCCACUUAUGACCAGCGCCAGUAAUAUGAACUAUGAAAUUAUGCAAUUGGCGGAUGGUCAACACAUUGGUACGCCACGUCAAUUGAACAUUGACAUUGGAAAAAAUGGAACACGUUCAACAACAACAUCGAAUCGAUCACGUUCACGACGUCGCAAUUUUGAUAAACCAUAUGCCAUUUUUUCAAUACUUGAAAAUAUUGAAGUUGGUAACACCGUCAUUCGGCUCACUGCCACCGACGAUGAUUACGAAAAUAAUGCACAAGUUUCAUAUAAAAUCGUUUCACAAUCGCACACGGUGCCACGUUCAAAUGCCAAACAAAUGUUCACCACAAAAUUGUUCGGAAUGGAUGAGUCAAGCGGUGAACUACGUGUUAUACGACCAUUACCAGCACAAGCUGAAAUUAUAUUGAAUGUGUCGGCCAUUGAUGCUGGCGGAUUGAGCGAUGCCACUUUAAUUAAAUUUAAGGUAAUUGAUGUAAACGAUCAUGCGCCAGUGUUUGAAAAGCCAUGGUAUACAUUUGACAUAAGUGAAGGUUACUACAUGCAUAUGGUAAUUGGAAAAAUCGCCGCAACCGAUGAGGACUACGGUGACAAUGCAAAUAUAACAUAUUCAUUAGUAAGCAAUGAAUCGCAUCCAUUUUACAUAACACCAUUGACGGGCAUAUUAAAAGUCAAUGGUGAAUUGGAUCGUGAAAUGAAAUCGCUGUACGAAUUCAAAGUGAUUGCAAGUGAUAAUAGUAAAAAGGAAGUGCAAAUGAAAUCGACGGUAGAAAUUGAAAUCAAUGUCAUGGAUGUAAACGAUAAUGCGCCAAUAUUUACUGGUUUUGAUGAAAUGCUUACGCUAAACGGUGGUUACGGUCGUCGAAUAUCAGAUGCCGAUGAAAUAAUUGAAUCGAUAAACGAUGAAGAUUUACCAUACAAUUUGCCCGUAUACAAAGCAUAUUUGAAUCGAAAUACAGAACCUGGAACGUAUGUUAAGCAAAUCACGGCCAUUGACAAAGAUUUUUCGGGCAAUGGUAAUGGUUUGGUAAUGUAUGCAUUGCGACACAAUAGUCUACCAUAUUUCUUUGAAAUUGAUUCACGUGACGGUGUAAUAACGACCAUUGCACGAUUCAAUCGAUAUCAAAAUCUAUAUGAACAUAUUAAUUUAACAAUAAUUGCAUCCGAUUUGGGAACACCGUCCAAAUCAUCGGUUGCAUUGCUCAUCGUUAACUUACAAGGAACCAGUAAUGUAGAUAGUGACUAUGAAGAAAUUGUCGGCAAUAGUUUCUUUCAUCACAAAUACUAUGAGAUUGAAGUGCCCGAAAAUAAUGUGGUGCCGACAAUGUUGUUGCAAAUAAAUGCAACACAUUUUCAUCGUGAAAAAUCAUUUAAAUGGACGAUUACAACCGAAACGGAGAGAAAUCGAGAAUUUCGUAUCGAUCCACACAACGGUACAUUGUGGUUGGUGCGAAGUUUAGAUCGAGAACUCCAAGAUAUAUAUCGACUUAAAGUGCGCGCCGAUCCAGUUUUUCGUGAAAGUCGCGCAUCGAUUAUGUACCCAAUUACAGACGAACGCAUUGGCGAUUUAAUGGAUAACGAAGUUCGGAUUGUGGUACGUGUGACCGAUGAAAAUGAUAACUCACCUAAAUUUAUUGGCAAUGGAAAGCCAAUCGUUGCUGUCAUACCAAAUACAGCCAAUUUUGGCUAUCCAGUUACAAGAGUCGAGGCAACUGAUGACGACGUUGGCCUUAAUUCGGAAAUUCGUUACAGUUUAUUGAACGAACCAACAAAACUGUUUGAAAUUGAUGAAAUGUCUGGCAAUAUUCGUGUCAUUGGUCCGAUUGCGAAUGAUCAACGCGUUUAUGGAUUUGAUGUUAAAGCGACCGAUCGAAAAGGCGCAGAAGAUGGACGAAGUGCGAUUGUUAAUGUAUUUGUAUACAUUCUGGAUGAUAUGCGUAACGUACGUUUGGUAAUGGCAGGAACACCGGUUGAUAUCGAAAAAGAUCUUAAGAAUUUGACCAGCUCUCUCAGCGAUUUAACGAACUUCGAUGUACGAAUCCGAAUGUUAGAGCCGCACAUGAGCGAUAACUAUCAGCCAGCCACUGAUGUUUAUCUGUAUGCAGUGGAUCCUCGAUCAAAUACAGUUGUCGAUAUGGACGUUUUGCAAAGCAAAAUGAGUUCGAUUUCAAUGAGCAAUUUAACGAUAACAUCGCGCAUUCUUGGACUGGCCGAAUUGGGCGAAUACCAAAGUUUCAAUGCCAGAAUCCCGCAAACCACAUACAAAGGCUCGAAUUUAAAAACAUCCGAAUUGGCCACAAUUAUAUUGGCCAUUGUCGUGUUCACCGGGGGCUUGGCGACCGCAUUUUGCGUGGUUUGCGUUCGAUAUAAACGAGAUCGUCACAGUGGGCAUGGACGACAUGAUUUUAUUGAUGUGCCGUUAUCCCAGCCCGCUUUAAGUUCAAACUUCAAUUUGAUGGACCAUGAAAAUCGAUGCAUCAAAUACAAUCCACUGCAACAUCAGAAUCAGAAUGUCAACAAUUUGGAUACAUCAGUACCGUCUAUACAUUCGAGUGGUUGUGAUUCUGGUGUGGGGUUGACCACACAAAUGAAUGUCGGUUCAAAUAAGCAACUAGUUCAAUUGAUGCGCAGUUCACAGCGUGAAAACUUACGUGAUCGAAUGAUUAAUGAAAAACGAACUAAGCGAUGUGUAUGCGGAUAUGCAGCGGCAGGUGCGCACGUUUGUAAUGCCGGAGAAGAAAGCAGUGAUAGCUAUGAAGAUUCGCUGAAGAAUGUAAGCUGUUUGAGAAUUUCGCGUCGAACGUCUUUUCCAAAAUCAAAUGCAUUCCGACGAAGUCUUCGUUCUCAUCGCUUGUCAACGCCACGUGAUCUUCAUCCAUUUUCGGGUGUAAUUUAAACACUAACCAUUUACGAUGUUAUUGAAGGUCUAAUUUUGAGCUGGAGUUAAGCGAAACAUAAUCGUAAUGCGUACACAACAUGUAUAGAAUAGAUAUGGUUUUAUAAUAUGUGAAUCGCAUUCAAUUCAUUUUAAUUAAACUUUUCAAUUCACGCAACUUAACGAACAUGAAGUUCUAGAUGAAGU